AUCAUCAUCAUCAUCUCCUCAUCAUGUCUUGUUCAUGUCUUAAACUGGAUUAUGAGACGUGAUGAUCGGGUCCAGGAUGAGCAGCAGAUCCCGAUCAUCAUCAGCUCAUCCCAUGGGAUGUGAAAUCAGGAUAAUCAGGAAUUCAUUAGACUGAUUUGAAGAGGAUUCAGUGCGAUGGGACAGAAAGAGUCUGCUGGAUAUUACACAGAGAAUCAGCCUGAGAGAAGAAGGAUUUGAAAUUAGUCUGAGGUGCAGAUCAGAGCGGCAUGAUGUCUGAAAACACGUCACUGCCGUCCCCGUCUAACGCGUCUCUCCCACCGCCGCUGACGGACUGGACGGCGCCCACCUUCACUCCCGCGGCUCAGGCCCGUGUAGCGGCCACUAUGGUGCUCUUCCUGUUCGCCGCCGUCAGUAACCUGGCGCUCCUCAUCAGCGUGUCGCGAGGCCGCGGCCGGCGUGUGGCGUCUCACCUGCGUCCUCUCAUUAUGAGCCUGGCGUCUGCCGACCUGAUGAUGACGUUCAUCGUGAUGCCGCUGGACAUGGUGUGGAACGUGACGGUGCAGUGGUACGCCGGAGACGGACUCUGUAAGCUGCUGUGCUUCCUAAAGCUGUUCGCCAUGCAAACCUCCGCCUUCAUCCUGGUGGUCAUCAGUCUGGACCGGCAUCACGCAAUCCUGCGCCCGUUGGACUCGCUCAACGCUCACCGCAGGAACAGGAGGAUGCUACUGCUGGCAUGGAGCCUCAGCGCAAUGAUUGCAUCACCACAGCUCUUCAUCUUCCGGACGGUCAAAGCGGAGAGCGUGGACUUCACUCAGUGCGUCACACACGGGAGUUUCCGCGAGCGCUGGCAUGAGACGGCGUACAACAUGUUUCAUUUCGUGACGCUGUACGUGAUUCCGCUGCUGGUCAUGAGCUGCUGCUACACCUGCAUCCUCAUCGAGAUCAACAGACAGCUGCACAAGAGCAAAGCGGGCGAGUCUCUGAGACGCAGCGGCACAGACAUGAUCCCGAAGGCCCGGAUGAAGACGCUUAAGAUGACCAUCAUCAUCGUCCUGUCGUUCGUGGUGUGCUGGACGCCCUACUAUCUGUUGGGCAUCUGGUACUGGUUCCAGCCAGAGAUGUUGAAGGUCACGCCCGAGUACAUCCAUCACCUGCUCUUCGUGUUCGGGAAUCUGAACACCUGCUGCGACCCCGUGAUCUACGGCCUCUACACGCCCUCGUUCCGCGCCGAUCUCGCCCGCUGCUGCCGCUGCCGGACGCCCGCAGACUCUCCACGCACUCUGGACCGACUCUCGGCCCGACACGGAGAACACGAGUCCGACCCGGCCAGCGUGAAGAGCACGUAAACCGCAUCUCAAACUCACGACUCCAGUUAUCAGAACUUCACAAUAAACGCUUCGGCCUUCAGAUUGUGAGCCGCUGCAGCGCCGCGGGGUUCGUGCGCAACUAAUGAAAAGAGCUCAGAGCAGAUUUACACAGAAGCCUUCGCAGUUUUAGAAUAACUUCACAGAUUUCCCAGCGUGGCUUUGUUAUUAAAGCAGCUGGAUGUGCUGAAACAGAGGACGUCUGUGUUGUAUGUUUACGCUGCUGAUCUGUGUGCGUUUGCAUGCAGGGUAACAGUUUUUGUUUGCAUUAAAACUUUAUUUAGGCUUUUUUGGCAUUUAGGCAUUUUUGCUUUUUUUAUGCAUUUUGCAUAAAAUCUUGACUGGCAUUGAAUCUGAUCCACUUUACAGCUUUCUUACCCAGAAUCACCAACAUAGACACUGCAAAAAGUGCUUCUCCCUCAGUAUUUCUGCUUGGUUUUCCAGCAU